UUUCUCGUUCUCGCCAGUGCCGCGCCAACCGCUGACAAUAUCGCUCGUCGCGUCAUUCCAUUGUCUCAAAAGUUUUAACGUGAAUAAAAAAACCUUAUCGAGUCGGAGUGAUUUUUUAAUAUUGCAAAAACAAAACGAAUUGUUUUAUUUCUCGAAUAACGAAUUGAAUGGGUGUUGUGAACAAGUGAAUCGAUUGUUUAAAACAGCUACCUACCUGCACGACGCGUGGCGGAACAUAAUAACAAACUCUCGUCUCGUGUUUCGAAUGGUCCUCGACAAUAAUUAGUUUGGUAAAAGUGAGUGUGUGUGUCGUGGACGCUUGAUGGUUCAAUUAGAACUAGUUUACUAGGCUUUUGUAUGUAUUGAUACUGACAGUUCGUGUGAGCAGCCUCUCCGCGAAUACGGAUGUUGAAAUUGGAGUCGCCAGAGGUCCGCAUGGCACUGCCGUUGCCGCCGCGGGCGCCCGAUCCUGCCGCACUCGCCGCCUACUGGAACGAGUACGAGGAGUACCUCUGCAGGCAGAACAACUCCGGACAGCAUCUCGACGAUGAGGACAACCAUUACGAAGAGGGAGAGUUGGAAACGGAAUGGCUGCAAGCGGCAGGCCUGGGCUCCCUCGCGGCGCCUUUCCAGGCGGGCCUCGAGGUGACAGAGGCGCAGCUGGGCGAGGCAAUCAGCCCGUUGCCGAGGGAGCAGGCUGCCGCAGUGAGAAGGAGAGUGAGGAGGCUUAACAGAACUGUGAGGAAAAAGAGAGCCGCGUCGAGAGCCAGGAAGCCAGAUAUACGUGAUGUGUUUCGUGAUAUUGAGAAUUCAAGCGGCAGUGAGCCGAGGUCGCGCAGCGCGACUCCCGACUCGCUGGACUCGCUGCCCAGCGGUGGAUCAGGCAGCCCGCCCGCCGAGUGGGCUGAUGGAGCUACGCCGCCUGACUUCGUUGAUAGUUUCCCCCCGGUGGGUGCGCACGCGCCGCUAGCGCGUACACCGUCGGCGCCGGCAGCGCCGCGCCGCGCGCGCCUGUCGCCGCCCGCGCCCGCAUCACACUCCCCGCCCCUGCCCAUGCACGAGCUUUUUAAGCCCAAUGAUCUGCACCUGGCUGAUAUCGCGAGUAAUACUGAGGGCAUCGAAUUGCUAGGCUACCAGAGGUACGGAACAGUCCAGGGACCAAGAAUAGGAAAGGAAAGAAUCAACGGCUCCAUACUGAAAGACAACGACCCAUUUAUAAGUAAACACACAGUUGUUUCGCGGACAAAGAGCGUCGCGUCCACACAGCCGCUCAGUUUCGAGCACAAAUUCAAUCUCGACAAACAGAUGCUCGAUAAUGAAGAGGAGUGGCCAGAAGAGGACAGCUGCGUGGACAUCGAGAGCGUCAGUGAGCCACAGUUGAAACGACUGCCGCCGCUGCUGUGGCUCGAACUGACUGCCCUUUUCGACCGGUAUUCGUUGCCCUUCCAAAAGCGAAAGCCGCCCAAGAAGAAAAGAAAAGAAGAGGGUUCUGUGUUCGGCGUGUCGCUGGAGACGCUGGUGCGCAAAGAUAUGAUUCUGUGGGAGGAGACGUGGAGUUGCGUGCCCAGUAUCGUGCGCGCGCUUGCCGCCGCGCUGCGUGCUCGUGCUGCACACGAGGGUCUGCUGCGCGUGCCCGGCAACAAGCACAAGAUCGAAGCGCUGUGUCAGCUGAUCGAGCGGCAAUGGUAUUCGGACCGCGCGAGUGUGGAAGCAGCGCUAGCGAGGGCAAGCAGCCACGACCUGGCGGCUGUCUUCAAGCGACUCCUCCGAGCGCUGCCGCAGCCACCACUCACUCAAGAGCUCAUGCGGUUGUUCUACCACACAUAUGCGUUGGCAGGCACGACGCAAGGUCGAGCGUUGAACCUCCUAGUAUUGUUGCUACCAGCAGAGCAGCGCGCCACGCUACGCGAGCUUCUGCGUCUGGUGCGAGAGAUCGUUGCGAGGGCUGACACCAACAAGAUGAGUGAGCACAACGUCGCCAUGAUCAUUGCACCUGCGCUCUUCCCGCCUAACUUGUUGAUCAAAUCGUCAGACAGUCUGGAGACGCAGCUCGCUACUGCGGCCAACAGUUGCCACGUGACGGAAGCCCUGAUGCGAUGGUGUGACCAACUGUGGACGGUGCCCGCUUCCUUACACGCGGCAUCACAGAGGAAGCCUCUGCCUCACAGACGAAAUCACCAUACCUGAACAAUGGGCUGUAAACACUGACUAUAAGGCAGAUUCACCUGCUCUUGUGAUUCUGACUUUCCAUAAGGGCACACAUAUGGUACAUGGGAUAUCUGCCCAGGAUCCUGUUUGAUGUAAACCUUAGAAAGUCGACAUUAUCGAAAAGCUCAAUUGUUUGUGAAAUUCAUGAAGAAAUUUGUAUUUUUUUAUCUUCCUAAAGACGUUCCAAAUUGUGUGCCCAAGGGCAUAUGUAAUACAGCCCUGGAAAUAGAAUAAGUUCUGGUUUACUAACAUUUCGAGAAUAUCAUUUAGGAUACUGGAUUCUAGUGUGCAAAGAACUUCACUGUGUAUAGUGCUCGUUUAAGUAUUAUUUUUUUUUUAUUAACGAUUGAAUGUUGUUUUCAGUCAAAGUUGUGCUGUGCUUAAUGUAAAUCCCUGAACAAUAUUUGAGUGAUAUGAUAAAUAUUAUUCAAUAUAAUCAUUAUACAUAUACUCACGUGUUAAUAUUGUCGUUAACGCAUUUAGUGUGGUAUAAGAAUGUGAAUAGGAUGCCAAAUGUUCAUCAUAAUUAUUUCUUAGCGAUUAAAAUAUUCCUCGUAAAUAUGUAUGCGACAACGAUUGACGUAAAAUAUAUAUGAAAUUGUCUAUUAGUUUAAUUAUUAAAAUUAUUCGGUGCCAUUUCUCAUUUGGUUUGUAUUAGUUACCAUUUUGGCAAAGAUCCUACGAUAUGGUGCCUUGUAUUGAUGAUAUUGUAAAUUGUAAGUUAUUCCAAAAUUCCAUGUGACUUUGCAAAUUUUUAUGUAAAUAAUAAUUAUUACUUAACUAUACGAUUUUUUGUAUAAUAUUUUACCAAUACUUUGACUAGGCAAGCAAAGACUGACUUGGUGUUAUGGAUAAAGUAUAUAAUGAUAUUGCUAAGUAUAUUUACAUGUAUUAUUUAAAAUAAUAAAAUACCACAAUAUUUCAAAAAAA